CCGUCGUCCCUGCGCAGUCGGUGUCUCCGCGUCGCUGGGUAAGACUCAGCUCGGUGGCCAUGGGCAAGCAGAACAGCAAGCUGCGGCCCGAGAUGCUGCAGGACCUGCGGGAGAACACGGAGUUCUCGGAGCUGGAGCUGCAGGAGUGGUACAAGGGCUUCCUCAAGGACUGCCCCACAGGCAUCCUCAACGUGGACGAGUUCAAGAAGAUCUACGCCAACUUCUUCCCCUACGGUGACGCCUCCAAGUUCGCUGAGCACGUCUUCCGCACCUUCGACACCAACAGCGACGGCACCAUCGACUUCCGGGAGUUCAUCAUCGCGCUGAGUGUGACCUCACGUGGCCGCCUGGAGCAGAAGCUCAUGUGGGCCUUCAGCAUGUAUGACCUGGACGGCAACGGCUACAUCAGCCGUGAGGAGAUGCUCGAGAUUGUGCAGGCCAUUUACAAGAUGGUUUCGUCUGUGAUGAAGAUGCCGGAGGACGAGUCGACCCCGGAAAAGAGGACUGAGAAAAUCUUCCGCCAGAUGGACACGAACAACGACGGUAAGCUGUCCCUGGAGGAGUUCAUCCGCGGGGCCAAAAGCGACCCGUCCAUCGUGCGUCUGCUGCAGUGCGACCCCAGCAGCGCCUCCCAGUUCUGAGCGAGAGGAGCCAGGUCCCCCUCCUCCCUGUCUUCACUGGUCCUCUCCCGGCUCUCAGCUUCCUCUCCCUUGUGUCUAUCCAGGCUGGGUUCAGGCUGAGCCUUCCCUCGGGGGCUGCGCUCUGCGGGGAGCCUAUGGAACAUGGAACCCUGCAGUCCCCCCAAGGCCCAGGCAAGCGGUUAGCACCCCCCAACCCAAGAGGCCCUAUCUCCCUUGGGCAAUGAGAGGGAGACAGGGGCUCUGGCUUGGUCCUCCCCUCAGAGUCGGUCUUCCCCUACCUAGAUAGCAGAAUUUCAACCAUCCCCUCUCCCCGCCAACACGCACAGCCAGGAGGCCAGACUUCCCUCCCCCAUCACGAGGCAAGCUACCCCAC